ACGCCUGCGCACUGAGAGCGUCGGAUCCAAGUUUGGAGCUUUGAGCUGCCAGCCCUGGCCCAUCAUGUAGGUGCAGCAGAGCCUUCGUUGCCAUUGCAAAAGCGAGGGGCAAUUUUUUUAAAAGCAGCCCACUUUGCAAUUCUUAUUUUGCAAGCUGUGCAAUUGCACCUUUGCAAGGAGAUCUGCAGCGGGGAAGGAGGAGAGAGAGAGGGGAAAAAAAAAACUCCAGUUGCAUGAACAUUGAGUGCUUGCAGUGGGCAUCUUUGUUGCAAAAAAACUAAGCCACGGAAGAGAGGAGGCGAAAGUCUUUUGUGUUUCUCGUGCAGAGUGGAGGGGGAAAAUGUCUCAGCAGAGAGGCAGGAAGAAAAAUCCAGGGCUGAGAAUUCCUAAAGAAGCAUUUGAACAACCACAGACGAGCUCUACACCACCUCGAGAUUUGGACUCCAAAGCUUGCAUCAAUAUUGGUGAUAAGAACUUUGAAGUCAAAGCUGAUGACCUUGAGCCAAUAUCAGAACUUGGUCGUGGUGCCUAUGGGGUGGUAGAGAUGAUGCGACAUAUGCCCAGUGGGCAAAUUAUGGCAGUGAAGCGAAUCCGAGCGACAGUGAACAGCCAGGAGCAGAAGAGGCUGCUAAUGGAUCUAGAUAUUUCCAUGAGGACGGUAGACUGUCCCUUCACUGUCACUUUCUAUGGUGCCCUGUUUCGAGAGGGAGAUGUAUGGAUUUGCAUGGAACUCAUGGACACUUCACUGGACAAGUUCUACAAACAAGUCAUUGACAAAGGCUUGACGAUUCCUGAAGAUAUCCUAGGAAAAAUAGCUGUUUCCAUUGUAAAAGCAUUAGAGCACCUGCACAGUAAGCUCUCUGUAAUUCACAGAGAUGUCAAGCCCUCUAAUGUAUUGAUCAAUACACUGGGACAGGUGAAGAUGUGUGAUUUUGGAAUUAGCGGUUACCUCGUUGAUUCGGUGGCCAAAACAAUGGAUGCUGGCUGCAAACCUUACAUGGCACCUGAAAGAAUCAACCCAGAACUAAACCAAAAGGGAUACAAUGUCAAAUCUGAUAUCUGGAGCCUUGGCAUCACAAUGAUUGAACUGGCAAUCUUGCGGUUUCCAUAUGACUCCUGGGGGACGCCAUUCCAGCAGCUGAAACAAGUAGUGGAAGAGCCAUCACCGCAACUCCCAGCAAACUUCUCACCAGAGUUUGUUGAUUUUACCUCACAGUGCUUGAAGAAGAAUUCCAAAGAAAGGCCAACAUACUCUGAGUUAAUGCAACACCGUUUCUUCACCCUGCACGAAUCCAAAGAGACAGAUGUGGCUUCUUUUGUCAAACUCAUCCUGGGAAACUGAGAAAUGGACUUGUACAUGAUUUUCCCCUUUUAUGGACUGGUGGGUUUAGGAGGCCAGGCACAUGGCGGAGCAACAGCACAUGAGAACCAGUAGGAGAACCUGCCAUUGCCACUCAUUUUUUUUUUCUUUUUCUUCUCCCCCCUUUUUUGGUAAAAUGCUACUUACCCUCCUCUUGGAGGCUUUUAAAGGGUCCUUUGAUAUCCAUAGUGACAUAGAAUGAACUGGUUAGUGAAAUGAAUUUUAUUAAGAUUGUCAACUAUAAACAGAAAAGAAAAAAUACAAACACAUUUAACAUGUUCACCGAGGACAGUCAAAAGAGUUCUCAAACCAUCGUCUCAGCAUAUCAUACUUUGUUCCCUGUCCAUCCAGAUUUGCUUUUGUUUAUGGUAAUAGGUGCUACAGUAGUUAUGAAGUUCUAUGUAGAGAUAUAUUUUGUCUUUACCAUUAUUUUAAUAUUUAUGUUAAGUGCUUGAUUUUAAUAGAAUCUCGGUUUUUUGUUUUUAAUGUGAGAGUUGAAUGGUGAACAAUAAUGAAAGCCACAACAGCUAAAACUUACAGAGAUUUGUAUUUAUAGAGCUUUGCUGGGAAAAGAAAAAUGAGAAGGCCAUAUAGAUGAUGUAUGUGGAAUGGUGGACAAAUUUAAAUUCAAAGAAGAGUUUGGCUUAUAUAUUAGCCCAAUAAUGUCUGUAUUAUUCUUUAGGUGAUGCCUCAAGAUGAUACUGCUUUUGCAAGAGCGUCAAAAUAAUGCAAAUGUGCAGUUUUUGUGGUUACAAUUAUCUCCUUGGUUUGGCUUAUAUCUGCAUAUCACCAGUGGAUAUUGAGAUCUAGAAGGAUAAUCCCAGGGGAUCUGGUAUUAUCAGAGUGACAUUUUUAUAUAUAUUUGUAAAGAAGUGUGCAAAAGCAUAACAAAUAUUAGCCAUUUGACUUUUUAGCCAUGUAAUGGGAACAAUUACCCCAUCAUUUAUAAUCAAGAAAUAAUUCGCAUUGGUUAAGCCUGUUUCAUUGGUGGGAAAGUCACUGGAAGAAAAUGAAACUAAAAGGAGCAUCUUGGAGAAAUGGAUUUUAAGAAAGGAGUAAAAUAAUUUAACAGGAGGGUGUCCGUUUUGAGUUGCACAUUUUACAUUGUCAACAGUAUACUAGUUGUAUCUUGGACAUGCAGACGUCACAGAAAUGUCCAUUAUUUGCCUUGUUCUCCUUCUUUCCACUUAAGUUUUCCAUUUUUGGAUGUCACCUGUGGAAAGUCUGCUUAUUUUGGAAUAAGGUAAAACAGUGUCAGUCUGAAAAGCAAGCAAGGAACUAGAGUCAGCAAGAAUGAAAGCAUGUAAGUUGUACCCCUUGUCUUGAUUAAAAAUAACAGCAACACAUGGG